AAGGGUCACGUAAUAAAAGGCUACACAGCCCAUCGACCAAUGGUACGAACCAAAAGCCAAUGGAAUCUAAGGAAGGAGCUCACUGCGUGGAGGUGAUACCGGGUUCCAUGGAGGUUCACCGGGUUGAGCAGCCUCCGGCGAGAGGUUUCUUCCAAAAACUCAAGUACAAGCUAUUGGAAAUGUUUUUCCCCGAUGACCCUUUACGCCAAUUCAAAGGCCAAUCAACUAGACAGAAAUGGAUUCUCGGAGCUCAGUACAUCCUUCCUAUUUUACAGUGGGCUCCUCAUUACACCUUCAAGCUCUUCAAAUCCGACAUCGUUUCAGGGCUCACCAUUGCCAGCUUAGCCAUCCCACAGGGGAUAAGUUAUGCAAAGCUUGCAAAUCUUCCCCCCAUUGUCGGUCUAUAUUCAAGCUUCGUUCCACCUCUGAUAUAUGCCGUUUUUGGAAGCUCAAGAGACCUAGCAGUGGGACCGGUUUCGAUAGCUUCUCUCAUACUUGGUUCAAUGCUAAGCAAAGAAGUGUCUCCCAUUAAAGAUCCUCUCUUGUUCCUUCAACUGGCUUUUACUUCGACUCUCUUCGCCGGUAUUUUUCAAGCUUCUCUGGGAUUGUUAAGGCUUGGAUUUCUCAUUGAUUUUCUGUCGAAAGCCAUUCUUAUUGGGUUCAUGGCUGGGGCUGCUGUUAUAGUUUCUCUACAACAGCUCAAGAGCCUCCUUGGAAUUAUCCAUUUUACCCCUCAAAUGGGUUUGGUUCCUGUUUUAGACUCAGUUUUCCACCACACAAAAGAGUGGUCUUGGCAAACUAUAUUAAUGGGAGUUUGCUUUCUUUUGCUGCUCCUACUGGCCAGACACGUUAGCAUAAAAAGGCCAAAACUGUUCUGGGUCUCAGCAGGAGCCCCACUGGCGUCUGUGAUAGUCUCCACUAUCAUUAUUUUCGCAUUCAAAGCUCAAAACCAUGGCAUCAGUGUGAUUGGAAAGUUAGAAGAAGGAUUAAACCCACCUUCAUGGAACAUGUUGGUUUUCCAUGGUUCCCAUCUCGGACUUGUGAUCAAGACCGGAUUUGUCACUGGCAUUAUUUCCCUCACUGAAGGUAUUGCGGUGGGGAGAACAUUUGCUGCGCUUAAGGACUAUAGGGUAGAUGGCAACAAAGAAAUGAUGGCCAUUGGGCUUAUGAACAUAGUUGGCUCCUUCACUUCCUGCUACGUUACAACAGGUGCUUUUUCGCGGUCUGCGGUGAACCACAACGCAGGAGCAAAGACAGCAGUGUCCAACAUAGUUAUGUCAGUGACAGUUAUGGUGACACUCCUCUUCUUGAUGCCACUCUUCCAAUACACUCCCAACCUUGUGUUGGGCGCCAUAAUUGUCACAGCCGUGAUUGGCCUUGUUGAUGUUCCGGCUGCUCUCAACAUUUGGAGGACUGACAAGUUCGAUUUCGUUGUCAUGCUCACUGCUUUCUUUGGGGUUCUCUUCAUCUCUGUCCAAGAAGGCCUUGCCAUCGCGGUUGGAGUUUCCAUCUUCAAGAUUCUGUUGCAAGUAACUAGGCCAAGGACUGUGGUGUUGGGAAGCAUACCUGGUUCUGAUAUAUAUAGGAAUUUGCAUCACUACAAGGAUGCAGUGGAAGUGCCUGGUUUCCUCAUUAUAAGCAUUGAAGCUCCUAUCAAUUUUGCUAACAGCAUGUACCUCAAUGAAAGGAUUUUGAGAUGGGUGGAAGAAUACGAGGAGAAAGAAAAUGCAAAAAAGCAUUCAGUCAAUAUUCAGUAUGUAAUUCUAGACAUGUCAGCUGUGAGUGGCAUAGACACAACCGGAGUUACCCUUAUUAAGGAGCUAAAGAAAGCAAUUGAGAAAAAAGGAAUGGAGCUUGUGUUGGUGAAUCCAUUGGGAGAAAUUAUAGAAAAAUUACAGAGAGCAGCGGAGACUCGAGAUUUUAUGAGACCAGAAAACCUUUAUUUGACAGUGGGAGAGGCUGUGAGUUCUCUGUCCUCAUCAAUGAAGACUCAUCCUCCAACCAUCUACGACGAAGAGGCACAAGCCACUGUUCCUCAUCACAACUGAAAUUGUUGUCAUUUUAGAAAUGACCAAAUUAUAAAAUAUUCAAAAAGAAAGAGUAAAAUAUAUAUUUUCCUAUACUUGUUUCAUGUUUGGCAUAUGUAAAUGCUUUUAGUCAUAGUUUUCAAAUAUAGAUAGUAGGUAUGCAAAUCUUUGAUCGGAAAAAUGCUCAGGGUUGUUUUGAAAGGUAUAUUAUAGUUACGUAAUAACUCGAGAUCAA